AUGGCCGCAUGUUUUAGCACGUUGGCAUUUAGUGGUAAAAGACAAUUUACGGAUAUCGACAUUCCUGCGGGUCGUCCGCCGCGUCAUAGUUUUUCUCACAGGCCCCCCCGAGGGCAAACGAAUCGUUCUCUCGUAAAAGUUAAAAAUUCAAAUGACGUUCCUUCGAAAAAUCUCCUGUCUUCGACGUAUAAAAGUUUUUCCGAUCCCUGCGAAAGUGAAGUUUCGUUCGAGUUGAGUCGUAAAAAUCGAUCGAAAAGGCACAAACACAGAACGAACAAAGAAAACGAAUCCGACAGCUUGAGAAUGAGCGAUCAUUCGAAUUCGAUACGGCGGCAUAAAAGGGAUAAAAGCAGACGAAAAAUUCACGACGGUUACAGUUCAGACACUGGCCUUCUUUCGAACAGAAAGAAAAUAUUUUUGUCCACGUUCAAAUCGAACGAUAACGAAUUCGAGACCGCGUUCCUGGAAACCCUCAGAGAAAAAUCAAAAUCGAUACAUAACAUAGCGGAAGCGAAAAAAUUUCCCAUGUCUCAACGAUUGAAACCUGCCACGAUACCCGCGGAUUUGGUCAUUGAAAAAUUGGAUAAAAUAAAUCGGAAAAAAUCGGGCGUGACCUUUUCCGAAGACGCGGAAAAUUCGAGCGCUCCUAAAAAAAGUAAAUAUUCCGUUUUGAAAAACGAAUUGCCGAGUUUGACAUUCGAACAAAUGAAAAAAGCGGCCAACACGAUUCAUCCGAAACUUUUGUACUCCACGAAAAGGUAUCAGGAUUUACAUUUGACCAUAUUUUACGGUGACGAAUGCAUCAAUCCUCUUCCGCCGGAAGAACCUUUGCCGGAAAAACUCGUCGGGUCUUUCAAAAGGUUCACUUACGAAACGGGAAGUUUGAGGAGACAAAGAAAAUUAUUUCGAAAUUCUCUGAGAGGAAAAAAACUUUUUCGGAGUCAUUCGGAAGGGAAUUUAGAUGGUGGUGGUGGUGGUGGUGAUGGCGGCGGUGUCGGCGAGGAUUCCAUCAUGUUUAAAAAAUGUACCGGAAGGGAAAUGAGAAAAGGAGAAGGAAACGAAAUUGUUGUUGCUUCGAGCUCUUCACCUGGUGGCAGGUACCUACGAGUUUUGAAUAGAAGCUGGAGAAAUUUACUCACGACAACGUAA